AUGGAUGGGAAAAGCAAAAUGCAGGCAGAGAAGCACCUCACAGGAACGUUGGUCCUCUCCGUCUUCACCGCAGUGCUGGGCUUCUUCCAGUACGGCUACAGCCUGGGUGUCAUCAACGCCCCACAGAAGAUGAUAGAAGCGCACUAUGGGCGAGUGCUGGGUGCCAUCCCCAUGGUGAGGCAUGCCACCAACACCUCUGGGGAUGAUGUUUCUAUCAAUGUCACCGUCCCAGGCACAGAGGCAUGGGGCAGCUCUGGGGGGACGCUCCCACCCUCAGCUGGCUUUGAGGACCCCGCCGUGUCCCCUCACAUCCUCACCAUGUACUGGUCACUCUCCGUCUCCAUGUUUGCUGUUGGAGGCAUGAUCUCCUCCUUCACCGUGGGCUGGAUCGGCGACCGGCUGGGGAGGGUGAAAGCCAUGCUGGUGGUCAACGUCCUCUCCAUCGCUGGCAACCUCCUCAUGGGGCUGGCCAAGCUGGGCCCCUCACACAUCCUCAUCAUCGCCGGGCGGGCGAUCACAGGGCUGUACUGCGGGCUCUCCUCCGGCCUCGUGCCCAUGUAUGUGAGUGAGGUCUCUCCCACUGCCCUCCGAGGAGCACUGGGGACGCUGCACCAGCUGGCCAUCGUCACAGGCAUCCUCAUCAGCCAGGUCCUGGGUCUGGACUUUCUCCUUGGCAACGACGAGCUGUGGCCGCUGCUGCUCGGGCUGUCUGGGGUGGCUGCUCUGCUGCAGUUCUUCCUGCUGCUGCUGUGCCCCGAGAGCCCCCGCUAUCUCUACAUCAAGCUGGGGAAGGUGGAGGAGGCCAAAAAAAGUUUGAAAAGGCUCAGAGGAAACUGUGACCCGAUGAAAGAGAUUGCUGAGAUGGAGAAGGAAAAGCAAGAAGCUGCCAGCGAAAAGAGAGUGUCCAUUGGGCAGCUGUUCAGCUCCUCCAAGUACCGGCAGGCUGUGAUCGUGGCACUGAUGGUUCAGAUAUCGCAGCAGUUCUCAGGCAUCAACGCGAUCUUUUACUACUCUACAAACAUUUUCGAGAGAGCCAGUGUUGGCCAACCAGUUUAUGCAACCAUUGGCGUUGGAGUGGUGAACACAGUCUUCACAGUUAUCUCCGUCUUCCUGGUGGAGAAGGCAGGCAGGCGCUCGCUGUUCCUGGCUGGUCUGAUGGGCAUGUUGAUCAGCGCCGUGGCCAUGACGAUUGGACUUGCACUCCUGAGCCAGUUCGCCUGGAUGAGUUACGUCAGCAUGAUCGCCAUCUUCCUCUUUGUUAUAUUCUUUGAAGUUGGGCCUGGGCCCAUCCCCUGGUUCAUUGUAGCUGAGCUGUUCAGCCAAGGCCCGCGUCCCGCCGCCAUCGCCGUUGCUGGCUUCUGCAACUGGGCCUGCAACUUCAUCGUGGGGAUGUGCUUCCAGUACAUCGCGGAUCUGUGCGGACCGUAUGUGUUCGUUGUCUUCGCCGUCCUCCUUCUGGUCUUCUUCCUGUUUGCCUACCUCAAAGUACCCGAGACGAAAGGAAAGUCAUUUGAGGAGAUCGCAGCUGCAUUCCGCCGCAAGAAGCUCCCGGCCAAAUCCAUGACGGAGCUGGAAGACCUGCAUGGUGGCGAGGAGGCGUAGGCAUGGCCACACACACAGGAAGGAGGGACGCAGAAGGAAACGAUAGGCAAAAGUCUCAUUUCACAAACACCUUGCAGAUGCCAGCACAGGAGGACACAUCAACUCGCAGGACUGCACAGCGCUGCCUGCACCAUCCAGCCACAGGUGCCAAGCUGGCAUUUUGCUCUGAAACUGUUGGCACAGCUGAGCUGCAGGAAGAGCCAAGGAAAGAAUGGGAGGAACACCGUACAUGUGUGCCUCUGUGUCCCACUGCACUGUGGCAGGAUGAUCUUACUAGCUGGCAAAGCACUACAUGAAACAGGAUCAUCACUCAGCUGGAAUGAAGGAAAAAGGGGUUGGGUGAUGCUGAGCCUUAUGACUUCACCUCUUCUUCUCAUGCGUUCUGCCUGCUCCUGCUGAGUGAUCUGAAACCUUGAGAAAAUACCUGCUAGUGCAGCAGUGUUAGCAGCACGCCGCACAGAUC